AUGCCUGCAGCUCCAGGCGAGGCCACAGGCACGUCCGGCUCAUCAUCAUGUGGUCCGCAAGGUCCACCAGCAGCGAUCGAGCUUAACCUCGGCGCAAAACGGCUCGUCCGCUACUACCGCAUGGCUCGCAGUGGAGAUAGCGACGCCGCCGUCUUGGGCAAAGGCGGCUUCGGCUGCGUCUAUCGCUAUGCUCUCGACACGUCCUUCACCCCGCCCUCCUCGGUAGACCUCUCGCUCUCGCUUUCUCCCAGAGACGUCGGUCGACAUGCGUCUGGUCGAGAAGUCGUGCCUGUCAACGGCGCAUCCACGAGCAACAACACCCAUUCUCUUGGAAAGGCCUCGACGACCCUCAAGCCGCCCUCUCUGGUCGCAGUCAAGCUCUGCCGCACUCCCUGCUCUGGCUCUUUUGACGAGCUUCAAAAGACGAGCCUAGUCGACAAGAGAACGCGCAGAGCCGAGCUGCAGGACGAUCGCCGUACGCAUGUGAGGAUCGUCCGCGGCGAAGGUCGCAUCUUUGAAUACCUUCAAGCCGCUCAUCAAGUAUCCGAACAGUCGGGCGAUGUGCCCCUUGUCAAGCUGCUCGCUAAUCUCUCUCCAACAGGUAUCGACGCCAGACAAGAACAGCACAGCAGCCUCAGCAUGUCUGAAGACGAGGAAGAUGGCCCGCCGACUAGGCUACUCGUUUUUGAAAAGCUGAUCGAGCUCGAUGCAGAGCCCACCCCUAGGGGAUGGGCCAAGUCGAGAAAACCUUGGAGCCACGAAAGGGUCGAAAAGGUGGCGUUCGAGGUGAUGCAAGGACUCAGGUUUUUGCACGAGCACAACGUGACGCAUGGCGAUCUGAAGCCUUCGAACCUCAUGCUCGAUCCUCGAACGGGAGUGGUCAAGAUCAUCGACCUCGGAGCCAGCCGUCGUUUUGUGCACCUUUCCAACCGGGAGCGCAACAAUCGCCGCGCAGUAGAGCAACAAGACCGCCAGGCCCUGCUCAACGGUCGAGCCGUCCCUCGGUUGGCUCCCGAGCUUUGUGAGGGACUCGGCUCGCUCACCGGCUCUCCCUACUAUAUGGCUCCCGAAAUCCUCAUCCAAGCCACACGCUACAUUGACAUCUCGGGCAAGUCACGCUCGGUCUUGGAAGACUACGAGUACGACUAUCCCUCAUUCCUGCCUCGCGACCAGUGGUCCAUCUUCCAGAUCGGUCUCAGCGAUCUGAAGCGGGGAUGGGGUAUCCGUGCCGACAUCUGGAGCUGGGCAUGCACUGUGCAGGCUCUGCUGCUCAAGACGGUGGAAGAAGAGCAGCGACCCAGCAGCAGCACUAUUUCGCCCUAUGACUUUUCCUUUUCGCGCCAUCGCCACGAGAUGACCGAGCCGCUCUAUCAGAAGGCGGCAGGCGAGGACGAUGUGCCCCGCUUUCACCAGUGGUGCCGUGUGCUGCCGCUGCUGAUUGUGGGAAUCGCGCUAGAGCCAAUCUUGUUGGUUGCCCAGGCGGACGGCUGCUCUCCUGCGCUACGCUCAGCUCUCAAGGCGUCGCUGCGACACCAGGAUCUUCGUCCCACUGCCGACGAUCUUUUCAGCGCACUUCAAUCGGCACGAUCCUCGCCUCAGCGCACUAGCGACGCACGUUUGCAUCCGGCAGACGGGAUGGACGGGAGUCCACGACGCCAAGACAAAGCUGGACAGCUUGGUCAGCUGGGCGCAUCCGAGGCGGAUUAUGGCUCGCCGCAAAUUCGCAUCUCGGAGCUCGAGGGCUCGAGGCAGACGACACCAUCGCUGUCGCGAGGAACCUCGAGGACGAGCACACCGCAGCAUACGUGCGAGACGAUUGGCAGGAGCGCGUCCACUCGCACGCCCGAUCGGCUGAACAAGGGCAAGGUGCGACUCGCUGCGUGCUCGAUGGAGAUGAGCCCAGAUCGUACGGCGUCCAAGUCGUGUGGAGUUGACGACGAACGUGCGACGAGCGCCAUGAUGCUGCAGGGCUUCGAGCUAGUCAGCCCGCCGCGCAACCCCAAGCCGCGUUCGACUACUCUCGGCGACGCACCCCGACCGGCGACUGCCAACGCGCGUCUGCCAAGCCCCGGCACGUGGACACGAAGCGCCGAUGCGCUCCGCGCGGAAGCGAAUGCGCGCCAGAUGCCACGAUCGGCAAGCUCGGUUCGCGUCAAGACGAGCUCUCGACCAAGGACCAGUCCGAUGCUGCCCGAGUUUGGCCGCAGUGGCGGAUGCCUCAGCACACGGCUGGCAGGUCAGAUGGAGACUGCGACGGCGACCGCGACGGGUGCUGGUGUCGAGUGGGUCUCGGAUGCUGCGGACAGAGAUGGGCAGAACAGCCGAACCGGCGACGGCGAGCUGCGGCCGCCUCUGUCUGCGCGUGCAGUGCCGCUGUCUCCCGGCGGUUCGGGCCUGGAUGCGGCUAUGCGGGGUCUGCGAAAUCUAAAGCUCAGCCGACCGAGCCUGGGCUCGCAGAGGACGGGUGGGGAGACGAGUGCGCCGCACAGUCCGUCGUGGCACCUUCGAGGCUCAUCGAUGCCGGUGCUCGGACGAGGUGGAGAGAGCCGGGCUCAGGCGCAGGCUUGGACCACGCAGUUGGAUGGCAGCGGUAUCGGAGACUCGCCGCAAUGUUCGCUGGGAGAGGGCAAGGCGAAGCGUCAGAGCAACCUGAUGGCGACGCUCAAGGAGAAGCAGGUGCGACUCAAGUUUGGCACGCUCAAGCUCAAGGGGAGGCGCCAGGAGAGCGGCGAGGAUGCGCUGGGUGAUUGCAAGAUGCAGCGCGGUGGAACGGACAUGGUGACGGGCGACGUCGAGGUGCGAGUGGCCCAGCUGCCGACAAUUCGGGGAGGUGAGGGCACUCGGAGGGAAGAGAUGGCUUCGCCAAUGGCAGGGCACGGUGGGACACGGAGCCGAAACACGGGCAGCCGGUCAGGCACAGGCACGGGUGGCUCGGCGGAUGGCAAGCCGUCGUCGAAGCAGCUGCUGCGACGGCUGCUGACGUGGAGCGCCUCGUCGUCGUAA